AUGGCAUUGUUCGGGGAGGACAAAAUUACCGAGUUGGAGGCGUUCGUUACGCUUGCACGCAAUGACCCCAGCAUCUUGCACAGGCCGGAAUUGGCAUUCUUCAAGGAGUACCUGCUCUCCCUAGGCGCCAAACUGCCAGACCCUCCAGCAGAAGAACCAGAGGAACAGGAAUCUGAGGAGGAUACGUUCGAACCUGAGUCGCUGAAUGAUGAGGAGGUCGUCGUGCCUGAGUCUACGCCUGCUCCACCUCUAGCACCCGCUGAGGAGAGGGAGCUAACUGACGAAGACUACGAGAAGCUCGCCAAGGCUAAGGAAGCAGCCACAGAAGCAGCUGAAGCAGGAGAUCUCAACAGGGCAGUUGAGUCUUACACAGAGGCACUGCUGGUCGGCAACCCCACUGCGCUUCUAUACACGCGUAGAGCCGAUGUCCUGCUGAAACAGAAGAGAUAUGCUGCCGCAAUUAGGGAUUGCGACGAAGCGUUGAAGCUGAAUCCUGACAAUGCAAGGGCCUACCGAAUCCGUGGCACUGCCAACAGGUACCUUGGACAUUGGAAGCAAGCACACAGUGAUAUAGAGAUGGGACAGAAGAUUGACUACGACGAGAACAUUUGGGAUAUUCAAAAACUUGUUGAGCAAAAAUACAAGAUAAUAGAGGAACACGAGAGAGCUGCUCAGCGCAAGAAAGAAGAAAAAGAGAGAAAGGAGCGCGAGAGACGAGCAAGGGAGCAGCGAGCCAAUGCGCAGAGGGCGUACGAAGAGCAGAAGAAGCGCGAAGCAGGUGGACUGCCUGGUGGAAUGCCAUGUGGAAUGCCUGGUGGAAUGCCAUGUGGAAUGCCAGGUGGAAUGCCUGGAGGCAUGCCUGGAGGCAUGCCUGGCGGAAUGCCUGGUGGAAUGCCUGGAGGGAUGGGAGGCCUAGGUAUGAUGAUGGCAGCGUUUCAAGACAUUUUGACGAACCCAGGUAACAUGGCGAAGUACAAGGAUGACCCGGAUAUCGCAGAAGCCAUUUCUAAGCUAACUCGUAAAUUUGGUGGAGGCAUGUCAGGCGGCUUUAACGUUCCACAUUGA